AUGCUCACACUCCGAGAGCAGCCGUCCUCCUGUGGACUCACCACCUGCAGAGGUCUUGUGGAGCUGAACGACUCCUCGGCCACGACCUCUGUCUCGGGCUCAGAUGUUGUUGACGACAAAAGAAGAGAUGAGGAGGGAGGAGAGAUGGAGGAAGCAGAGCCUUUUGUGGAUGACAAUGACGAAGAACUCACUGAGGAGUCACUGAACUUCAAACCUGAGGCAGACACAGGCCAGCUCUUGCCUUCGGAUUCCAAAGAGCUACACAACAAUAACAACAAGACUGAUGGGGAAAGCGAGAUUGAUACCUCAGUCUUCCCACAGAUGUUCUGUAACAUGGAUGAAGGUUCUGCCGCCACUGAGUUUCAAGAAGCGAACUCUGCACCACUGCCGGGCUUUGAUUCUUUUACUGCCGUCUCUAUGGAACUAGGAUUCAUGGAGCUGGUUCGCUGCAGACGAUCAAAAAGUCCUGAUGAUUUGGUGUACUGCAAGUUUUGUUUGGGGCUUUAUGCAAAAAACCAUCUUUGGAGACACGUGAAGAACUCCCACUCGGAGGAAUAUGUUCGGAGGAGAAAGAAGCGUCCCGCAACCAUCAACGAUGAGGCCUCUCUUCUGCUUUUGGAGGAAUCGUUCUACAAUCCAUUCACUCAAGGUGACAUGAAGUUGGGUGAAAUUGGAGCUGGAAGCGAUUUAGAAAAACUGAUUGAAGCUUCUUUUAAUGAGACUUUCCUCGAAGAGAUGUCAGAGUCAACAAAGGAUAUGAAUGUAUUAAAUGAUUCACAAAAUGACGCGUCAGUUACAGAAAACACGUCUGAAGCAACUUUGUCUGAAGCAACUUUGUCUGAAGCUACGGCGUCUGAAGCUACGGCGUCUGAAGCUACGGCGUCUGAAGCUACGGCGUCUGAAGCUACGGCGUCUGAAGCUACGGCGUCUGAAGCUACGGCGUCUGAAGCUACGGCGUCUGAAGCCACGGUGCCGUCUGAAGCUACGGCGUCUGAAGCCACGGCGUCUGAAGCCACGCCGUCUGAAGCCACGCCGUCUGAAGCCACGCCGUCUGAAGCCACGGUGUUUGAAGCGCUAAGUUGCAGCGUUCCAAAGAAAAAUGGGAAGAAAAUGAAGCGGCGGUGGACUGGAGAAGAAGUGGCCGCGGUGCAACGCCACAUGACGGACUUCAUUGCACGAUGCCGAGUCCCAGGGAGGAAAUUCUGUGACCAGUGCCUUAGAUCAGAACCAGAAGCGCUGAAGCGAAGAGACUGGCGGGACAUCAAGAACUUUGUCCACAAUCGGAUCAUGGCAUCGAAGAAGAAGACCAGAUGA